AUGGUGUCCAUGACUUUCAAGCGGAGCCGCAGCGACCGCUUCUACAGCACCCGGUGCUGCGGCUGUUGCCAUGUCCGCACCGGGACGAUCAUCCUGGGGACCUGGUACAUGGUGGUUAACCUGUUGAUGGCAAUUUUGCUGACUGUGGAGGUAACUCAUCCAAACUCAAUGCCAUCUGUCAACAUUCAGUAUGAAGUCAUUGGCAACUACUACUCCUCUGAGAGGAUGACAGAUAAUGCCUGUGUUCUUUUUGCCGUCUCUGUUCUUAUGUUUAUAAUCAGUUCAAUGCUGGUAUAUGGAGCAAUUUCUUAUCAAGUGGGUUGGCUUAUUCCAUUCUUCUGUUACCGGCUUUUUGACUUCGUCCUCAGUUGCCUGGUUGCUAUCAGUUCUCUCACUUACUUGCCAAGAAUCAAAGAAUAUCUGGAUCAAUUACCUGAUUUUCCCUAUAAAGAUGACCUCCUGGCAUUGGACUCCAGCUGCCUCCUGUUCAUUGUUCUUGCGUUCUUUGUCUUAUUCAUCAUUUUCAAGGCUUAUCUAAUCAACUGUGUUUGGAACUGCUAUAAAUACAUCAACAACAGAAACACACCGGAGAUUGCUGUGUACCCUGCCUUUGAAGCGCCUCCACAGUACGUUUUGCCAACCUAUGAAAUGGCAGUGAAGAUGCCUGAAAAAGAGCCACCGCCUCCUUACAUACCCGCCUGA